AUGACGAUAUUUGAGAGUAGAUUGGAAUUCAAAGCGUUGCCAGGAUUUUUUUCAGGGUACGCAACUGAGGAUUCCGGCGAAAUUGAUGCGAGAUACCACGAUCAUUUGGGACUUAUAAAUCAUCGUAAUUGGAAGGAACUGUACAAGUCUAUUCCAAGGGACACGGAAUCUCACCAAUAUAAACUAAUCAUCUUGGCCCGACAUGGUCAAGGUUACCACAAUGCCGCCAUUGCACGUUACGGAAGAGAAUCCUGGAACUCUAAAUGGUGUUAUUUGAACGGCGACGAGCACGGCGAAUGGCUAGAUUCGAAGUUGACACCUGUUGGCCAAGAAGAAGUAAAGAACACUGGAUUAUCUACGCUGCUACCCAUGGUUGACAGCCUACAGAUUCUCCCACACAAAUGUUUUAGUUCACCCAUGAGGAGAUGUCUCGAAACCUUUACUAGCUCCUGGACACAUGUAUUCCAAGAGCACAAGGAAUUGUUGCCCGAAAACAACACCGUAAACGUUAAAAUAUUCGAAAAUCUAAGAGAAGACCUGAAUACCCACCCUUGUAACGAAAGAGUGGACCAUUCAGUUUCUGUGAGCGAGUAUCAGGACUGCAAAAUGAAGUCUGGAACUUCUGUUCACUGGGAAUACGAACCAGAUUACCCCGAAAAGGAUCAAUUGUGGUCACCCACACAAGCCGAAUCGAAGGAAGAACUGGAUAAACGUAUCCAUGAUGGGCUAACACAAGUAUUCGAAACUGUCUCCCCCACUGAUAAGUUCAUCUCGAUAACGUGCCAUUCUCGUGUGAUAGAGUCCUCUUUACGAAACCUGAAACACCCUAUGAUAUGGUGGUUAGGAACUGCGCAAGUUGUCUGUGCAGUGGUAGAAAUAACAAAGCGUUGA